GUCGACCACCCCUCCCACCUGUUGAUUGUGCAGGCCAGCACCCCUGUCCACCUUCCCGCACACAUUUUGGAAAAUUCCACUCUGCUCAACUCAUCCCUCAGACCGCGACGACAACUCUCAAUCCCGGACAGCCCUCCCAGUAUCAACUGUCAGAAAAUCAGUCAAAAUGGCCCAGGAGAUCAGCGACAUCAAGAAGUUCAUCGAGGUCUGCAGGCGGAAGGAUGCCUCCUCCGCCCGGAUCAAGAAGAACAAGAAGACCUCUCUGAUCAAGUUCAAGGUCCGAUGCUCUAAGCACCUGUACACCCUCUCGCUGAAGGACGCCGAGAAGGCCGAGAAGCUCAAGCAGUCGCUGCCCCCAAACCUGCAGAUCAAGGAGGUUACCAAGCGUGAGAAGAAGGUCAAGGCUGCAUAAGUCAGCAGUCUAGGUCUGGGAACGACUUGAUUGAGCGGAGGGUUUUGAGGAAGCAAAAAGGUCGAUGGCGUCUGAAACAAGGAAUCAAGGGCCAUCUCGUCCGGGUCUGGACGAAAGGGAUUCAUUACUGGGCGUCUAGGGAUACCUUGCAAAUUGAAGCUCACCAAAGCCACACACAUUGGAGGCUUGUCCGAAGUAACCUCUUCUCCGUCCCCACUGGCCCAGCAUUGAGACGCCACUGUGUGCUGGCAUGGCAGGUGGACGCACCUGGACAUAUUAACCAACCAGCCUCGCAACGACACCUACCGAAGCCCGAUAUCGUCGACGAACAUUGGAACGGGGCCCGCGUUACCGACAGAGCACGAUAUGCCAGGAAGCUCUGCCUGUCUCCCAGACAUUGGCCAUCCACCAGUCUGGUGACGAGAUCUACUUGGAGUCUUCCUUUCGUAUACUCUUCGUGUUCUUUCGACCUUGGAGUCUUGCGCAACAGCCUAGGAGAGCCAUCUGGUCUCGUUGCCAUGACGGGGCAUCCUCGCCUGACUACCAUGAAGACGAUAUUGAAUGUUGUCAACGACAGGGCCGCGCCGUUUAGGACAUGGAGUCCGCCCCGCACCAUCCGCAGUUCAUUAAGGCCCUCACAACACAGUCCGUUGAACCAGUGUCGGAGCGGUUGAACUAGCCAGGACCGAAUCCACCGCGGGAGAAGAGCGUAACGUAGCUGUAAAGGUGAACUGCAUCUUCAUACAGCAAUGCCCAGAAUACUCGUAAUAGGGGCUGGCUGGGCCCGUAGACUUCUUCGAUCAGACGUACACCACCACCACCACCACCACCACCAGCACGGAUACCAUCUCUGAUGCAUACAUUGAUCACUGAUACCAAUACACUGUAGAAAAGAAGAAGAGACUAGGUACAAAA